CGUAGCCUAAUUUCUCGUCAGUCUAGCUGAGUCUAGCGUCGAGGUGACAUUACGCGUGUCUGGUGUGUCAAGAGGAUGAUCGUCGAGGGGUUUUGACAGCGACGAGUUCAUCGAGACGAUUUUCUCGCGACAUUCGGCGUCUCGGCCGCCAUUUUGGGCAAAGUGUUAUCUCGGAUUUUUCACCGGCGCUUGCCGGGUAGAUCGUGAAUUUCGAUAAAUCAGUGUUCGUGCGUAUCUCGUGUCGUUUACUCUCUCGCGAGUGUAGUGCGUGUCCGAUAAAAUGUCCGGGAGUGCCGUACGAAAUAACGGGCCGUUAUUGACGGAUUACUCGGUAUUGUGUGUGUAAUCGGAGCAAGCAAUCUCGCAGCCGUGUUGCACGUGAAGGAUCAUCUUGGAUGGCGCAAAGGAGCACCCAGCGACAAUCAGAAUCAGGGAGGAGCAAAGGCGAUACAUCGACCGAAAUCCAGUUUCACUGUGAAAUGGAGCGCUCGAAUGGAGCGCGCAAAUAACGCGAUCGCAGUUGGUUCUGUGGGCAACAGAAAUCGUGAGAAGGGGUCCUCUAUCCACUUGGGCAUUUUCGACGAGGCGCCGCUCCGUUAGCCGACACUUGUGUGCAACAUGUUCGGGACGAAAUUGCGCACGUGGAUGGAGGCACACAUCGUGCGAUCGAAGAAGAAGAAGGACCGGAAGAAGGGCGACAAGGGAUUCGACUCGAACUGUAACUCCCCAAGGAGCCACAGCGCCAACAGAUCGCCCGCUUUGCACCAGGUACACCCGAUAGAUUCACCGACAAAGAACGUGGACGGUAUCAGGUUGCACGGGGGCGGCUACGGGGCGACCGUGACCACCUCAUCCGGCAGCACUUCCGGCGGUACUGCCGGAAGUGUGAGUCUCUCCUCGCCGGAGAGCGCGUACUCGACCGGCUAUUCGACUGACGGCACCUCACCUGGCACCAGUUUCCCGCCCGAGUACUACAUCAACAUCAGGACUGGAACCCACUACUUCCAGAGCAGCGGAAGCGGCGGUGCAAACACCGCCGCCGCCGCCACCACUUCCAUCACUACCAAUAACAAUAACAACAAUAACAAGUCGAGAGCGAAGAGGCUUCCGGGCGACGUCAGGGAUCUAUCGUCGGGCUCGUCGGGAAAUGGAAGAGUCGAAGACAGGGAGCAGUCAUCCUCGAGCACGACGAACAUGAUCAGGGACAACGGUCAGCCGGAAGUACGAACGAGCACGCCGCACAAAAAUACGGAAACGAGUCAUAACCAGAGGCAACAGCAGCAGCAGGCGCAGCAAUCGAGGCAGCAAGGGAGUUCGCAUCGUCGGACGGAGUCCUAUUCGGCUGACUCAUCAAGAAACAACCUGCCCGUACCAUCGUCGAUACCGCCGCCGUUGGUCUCACCCCCGGUACAAUCACCCCGUGAACGUUCCCGUAUUCGGACGAAUCCGUGGCUGUCGGCCAACUCGUCUGGCUCCAGCACGAACGGCCUGAAGUCGCGACACGCCCGAGACGAGAGCAGCAGCAGCUCCGGGUUGAAGCUCACGGAGUCAUCCGGCAGCGCGAGCGAUGUCAAUCUGAACCUGAACAACGGCAGGGAGUCUCAGGGCAGGAGAGAGCAUCGUCAGGAGAGCCUCAGCGCAGGUCGAAGCCCGAUCAAUCAAAACUGGAGGAUUACAUCGGGCAUGGAGCUCCGACCCAAGAUCCCUCUGUCCUUGCAACGACGGGCCAGCAGCAGCAGCUCCUCGGCAUCCUCGGUGACGCGUAGCGCGCGCUCGUCCGAGGACGACAUCACGCUGAACGAGAUGAUGGGCAAGUUCGACGAGAGCUACGUGUACGAGAAGGAAACGGACAUUCUGUCGGACAGCGACCCGACCGACUGUGAGGAUUACAUCGACUCGUUGUCGGAUAUCGACACCGGCCAGGACGGCGGUGACGAGAACGAUCCGUUCGAGAACGACGACGAGCUCGAUUACAUCGACAACGGCUCGUUCCUCGACCUGGACAACCUGGAGUGCGGUGGCGCGGGUCAUUUUCCCAACACCGGUCAUUGCACCUAUUUCGCCUUUACCAGCGAACUGAACAGGCGCGGUACUAGGCUCCGCGAGUCCAUUCUCAAGCACAGGAACAAGGACGAGAUGGGCUCCCAGAGGAACGCGAAUGCGAGAACCAGCGCGAAGAGACAGAGCGCGCGGCACAAGAAGAUGGACGAUAAGCAGAACGAGAAACGCAAGAAGAGGAUAUCACAGCGUCGCAAGGCUGCUCUGGACAGGUGCGACGACGAGACGGCAAAUUUGAAUCGCGUGCUGGUGGAGAGGAUGCUACUGAAGAACUCAGGAUUCAAUCAGGGCAGCAGAAGUGUGGGUGGCACACCAAUGUGCCUGCGACGCAGAAAGCACGACGUUAACAAGAAUCUCUCGCCGAUGAGGCUGAACGACAAUUCGUCAGUCGUCAGACCCUCCAUGAUGGAGAAUGAGAUCGUCAAGAGGCGAUCGAACUCAGUAAGCUAUGUAAACGGCAACAUAGUACGACGCCACGUAGCCGGCAACACGUACAUGACCACAUUUGCGUCGGAAAUCGCGCUGAUCGAAGCGGAUAAGGAGGCUGAUCGCAAAUAUCGCGAGCUCAUCCUGGAGGCGGAGAAUAUCCUCGUGAGCAUGCAGAAGCACCAGAAUCCGUCGUCCCUGUGCAUACCGUCGCCGUCGCGCAAACUGCAUAACGGUCUCGCGAACAAGCGCGUCGAGCUCAUCAAGAACACGGAGCUAAAUAUCGAAUUGGCGCUAUCCAAGAGCCGCAAUUCUCAACCGGAACUGCAGAGCGGUAACAUUCGAGAUCUGGAGCACACCAGUCCGAAGCGACAAUUCACACAGCCGUGUUCGCCGAUCCAUCGAUUUAUGGAGAGGAACUCGCCGAGUGGAAACACCUUUGCGCCAAAGGAACCUUCUCCGCCCGCCUUCCGACAGCACGAGCUGACCAAGUGUCCGGAUUCGCCGGUGAUGCUACGCAGGACGACGCCCCAGAGCUCGCCCAGCAGAAGUUUGAUGCAUCAUCAGAUGCAUCGGAUGCGCAAUGGUGAACCAGAACUGAAGGAAUGCGGCAACAGAUCGCCUCGGCUCGCUCUGAACUGUAACGGCGGACCGAGGCUGGAUGCGAUGGACAUGAAGAACUCCUAUGGGGAUAAGACGCACGUGAACGGGAUAAAUUCCUCUCUCGCCGGAGGUAGAAAGGAGUUUCGCGCUGCGAGAGAGUCGAUGAAGGAGGAAGGCGUAACGUCCAGCUCGUCGGAUUCCGAGGAGAAGUGUGACGUGAGACGAAGGGCUCCGUUGAUGACCUUCAGGUCAAUCGACAUGGGUCCCAUCAAAGAAGGUUCUUCUUAUUGUCCGCAAAGCGAACCGGUGAAAAGGAAGGUGUAUGCCGGAAGUGCAACAUAUGGCAGAAUACAAAAGACACUGGGCGAGCAUAUUAUGCUGAGAAAUUCUGACGGCGAUACAGCGACUGAUGAUACUGAUGACUCGAGAAGAUCUCUGAAGGAGAAGAUGGCGCAGCUGCGACAAGAACGACUGGCGGCCGAGGCAAACGCGAACAACAUCCAAGAUAGUCAGUACUUCCAGCAUCAGUUGUCUCAGCUACGACGACAGAUGCUGAUGCAAACUAUAGAAGGUCUGAAACGCAGCCUCGAGGAUCAAUCGGCCACCCUGAAGCAAACUUGUUUAGAGCCGACGAGCCUGUUGACCAACGAGCUGCCCUGAAGCCGGUCUAUCAUCACGCGUGAUCAUGACUGAGAAAUUUACGACAUUUCGCUUUACUUCUUGCUCGAAGAGAAGGUGGACACCUGACAGGAUCGAAGUCACGAGCUUAUCCUGUCGUCGGCGGUGAAAAUCCACGAUUGGUCGGCCGCGCUGCGAGAAGUAUUGAUCAAAUGCGCGCCGAAUACCGAAUUAUUACAAUGACGCGAUCCUCCUCGGGCUCGAUGAUAUACCGUGGUCGGCUGAGUGCGGGUGCGCACAAUUAAAUCUCUAUUUUUCUGUCCGUCUACAUGAUGUGUAUGUAUGAGAGGGAGAGAGAAAAAAAAAAAAAGAUGAGUCGAAAUUGAGAAUGUCGUGUGUGUCCUCGCUGGGCAUUGUUCCACUCUGUUGUUUGUUUCCCGCCAGUAAUUAUUAACAUUACUCACGAACUUUACUUUUCGUCUUUCAGUUUGCAACUUUGUGCAGAUAGGCCGACUUUCGGUUAACGCUUUAGAUUAGCUUUCGCUAGCUCGAUUCUCAUCGUUCGAUCUAUCGUCGUAGUUUGCUCGCUUCAAAAUUUUUUUAAAUGAUAAGAAAUUCUUACGGAUCGUCAAAAUACAUUAGACUUGUCCUGAAACGCUAAUGUGGAAUUUUAUUGAUAAUUAAUAUAUCACCAAAUAAUCAUAUAAUAGUAUAAUUAAUAUUAUUACCUUAGAUUAAUAUUGCUAUAAUUGACUUUUUUUUAAAUAAAUAACGCGAUAUGUAAUAUUAAUGUUAUUACGAAAUUUGUGCAAUAGCUAUAAAAGGAAAGGAAAAAAAGGAACAACACGAACUAGUUCGAAACUGCACUAGGCUUUGACAGUCCUCAUUAGCGUUCUAGGAUAGAGCGUACACUAUUUAACAUCUAACGGGCCUAUUCACGGGUGUCUGUCUUUGACAUACUUUAGAAGAACAAAGAACAUAGUGAAAAAUCGUAAAAAAAACGUCAAAAGUAAGUCAUGCGAACGAAUAAUAUAUCAAUAUCAAAAAAAGCGCAUAGAUAUUUAGCGUAUAUCCAUCUAACCGAUUUAGAGAAUCACGGAUUUAGCUGAAACAUUAGUAGCGGAUAGGCACAAUUUUAAAAACUUAUAUAAUCCAUUUAGACAUUAGGAGAAAAUGAUAUAUGCCCAAUGAAUAUGGCCCAAUCCUGAUUAAAGCAGUCGGGAAAGGGUGGCGUUAACUGACACAGUUUGAUUAUUUGAGCCUCAUCGAGACAAAUAAAUUCCCUAAAUGUAGACUAAUAAGUAAAAUAUGCAUCUGAUCAGCUGAAUAUGGCUAAUUUUUAUUAAUAUUUUAUAAAAAUACAAAAAAUGGAGUCUUGAAGGAUUAAAUUAAAUAAACAAGCCGGGAAAAUCCGAUUAAGCAUUCGAAAUAAUAAAAGAAAUUAUGAUAGGAGAUUAAAAUUCAACAUGCUCCAGAUCAAAUGUGAAUCAAGGCUUCCCUUUCGCGAUGCUCUCGUUUCUUUCAACUUAAUCUGUCGCAGAGUAUACAUCCCUUCUGCUUUGAACUUAAUUGGACAUAAUUAUGCAAGAAGUUUUCCAUCGUACAUAUAUAUUAUACCAGUAAUAUACAUACAUCUAGUAAAAAAGUUACUGCGUUUCUCCUUCACGCAUGAUUGUGUCUAAUUCGACUGUAAACGUCAUCUUAUUUUCACACAAGAGAACAAAGAUAAUCGUUUCUCAUCGCAAAAGAGACAUCAUAACUAAGCUUACACAUAUUACUCAUAAUGUUCCUAUUUCUAUGCGAUAUUUGUAUCCCCGGAAGCGAGAUUUUCUCCAAUGAAUGAUCAUAUACAUUUGUCUCAGAUUAGAGUAACCAUCCCUCAGAUUAGUAUACCAAAGACGAUAGCUUAGCUAGAUAGUAGAUUAGAAUUGUUUAAUCGAUCAAAAAAAAAGCACGCAGCGAUGCAUAUUCGUAAUAUUAGAGAAUCAUGGUUAAGGCGUUUUUAGGACCUGGAUUUUCUAUUAGGAUAAAUGUUCGAGUUAUGUCAAGUCGAUUACAAAAAUCUUCCAUAUGAGCCAGAGUCAAAUAUUUCAGCAUUCCAGCAUUUGCAACAAAUUUAUGUAUCUAUACAUUGUUUUUCUCUUUUUUUUAAGUUUUAUGUUUUUAAGCGACUCAAAUGAUUGAUCUUUAAAUUUCAAACAAACGAAGAAUAUAUUUAUUUUAAUACAAUGUUUUAAAAGUUUGUUUUUAUUUAUUCGUUGAAUUUCGUUGAAUUGUGACUUCGGAAUUUUAGACUCUGGUUGGAGAUCGUCGAUAUUUUCGGUUAUAGUGAUAUUUUUAUUGUGAGAAUAGACUGAUAGUGUUAUCAAUUGUUAGAUUAAAAAAAUUUUUUAGCGGUUACUUAUACAUGUGAUUUAUAUGUUAAAGAUUCUCCGAGAACGACGGAUAUUGUAAGGCGCGCGCGCGAUAUAUUUAUUUGUGUUAGAUAUUAGGAAGCGUAGUAAAUGAUGAAAGCAUUAGACAAGUAUAGUGGCAGUAGCAUUAGUGCAUUAGGCAAUCGUCGAGUAAACGAAGUCUCACCACACACACAUUAUUUCUCCUCACCAUUUCUUCUAAAUCGUGAUUUGUAAUUCAUUUUUGUACGUCUCGAUGAUUUCCAUUCGAAGAUCGUGAUUUUUCGUAUUUUUUUAACCAGGGUGCAAAAGUCCUGCAACAUUCAAAUGUCUCGAAAACAGAGACUUUUUAAAAACGUGUUUAAAAUAAAAAUGGUAGGGCUUUAAGUAGCACAUUAAAUAA